CGAUAUGUGUGCAUAGAUAUAAAAGUAAUGUGCAGUUAUUUGACAGUAGCAAGUUGCUUAAACAAAAGAUUUUCUUGAUUGAGAAAAUGUCUGGACAGAGAAAGAGGCGUGGACAUGGAAGUGGAAGGAGCGGAUCUAGAAAAAAUCGUAAGCCCAAUAGAGCGAAUGAAGAGCAUGAAAACCUAGGAAUUGAUUCAGAGAUAGAAUUGCGAGACGAUCCAGUAGAAUUUUUCACCAAAAAUGUAAAGUUUGACCUACAUUUCAAAGAACAAACGGAAAACCGGACUCUAUAUUGUGCUGCAAUACGAACAAUGGAAAAAUGGAAAGCUGAGAUCCCGCAAAAUUCAAAAGUCAAGGCAUUGGCUGCCGCCUGGGCACGCGGGGACCACGAGUUGGCAGAGACACUGUUACAGAGGAAGGAACUAUUUGGUGUGGUGGAGGUGUCAAAAGCGAUCGCUUUAUUGGACUCGGGAAGACAAGCAAGAGUGUUUGAAAAGAAACACAAGAGACUUCAAAUUCAGAAAAAUAAUGUGAAACCGAGUACGAUGGGAAAACUGAAAUCCGACAUAGACAAUUUGAUGAAAAUGAAGCCCUCGACUGGGUCAGCUAGCGGGGCGGUAUGUAAGCACGUGAAGCGGUGGACACGUACCUUAACUAAGCAGGAGUUAGAAUUCUUCGCCCUACAUUUUCCUGUUGAUUUGUGGAAGAGAUUGGCUGAUAUAUGUCAUUUUCACCCAGUCAAGGAUUUUUCAGUUCCGUGGUUUUUACCUUUCUGCUUCGGAGAGACCCCGCCAGAGGGCAGUCUAGUGCACAAGUUUAGGAGCAUCACACAGAGCAACAUUAAUGAAGUUCUCCUUGAUCAUAACGUCCCAUACACCAAAGUUAGACCAUUCAUUACCUAUUUGACAGACGAAAUAAAAGGAAAAAUAGCAAAACACGAGGAAAAACUGGAUACUAUUUUAUGGUAUUACGAGGAACUGAAAUGCCCACAGGUAGAUAGGAAGGUAGAAAUUCGUCUACAGAAAGGUGACCCGGUCAAUCUGGCGCUUGGAAAGCUCCUGGAACGUAUUCUCAUGUUCCGGUUAAUGCAGGCAGGCGAGCCACUGAACGCCGAGGAGGAAAUGAGACGGAUCUUAGAAUCCUGGGACUGGGAAGCUCUAGCGGAGGGCCCAGGAGAAAUAAUGUACACUCCCGACCCCGACAUCGCAAAAUUCUCCACAAAGCUGUCAGAGCUUGCACAGGAGCGCCUUGCAAAUAUAAAGUUUUCUUUGGACGCGCCGGUUGUCAUACUAGGAGACAAGUCCGGGUCGAUGGAUGUAGCCAUUCGCACCAGCUCUAUUAUUGGCGGCAUCCUCGCUGUCAUCACAUCUGCUAAAUUAGUCUUCUUCGAUCAUAAAAGUCAUCCCGCCCCAUAUAUCCCUAGUACAGUCCAAGAAGUGUGUAACCUAGCGAUGGAGAUAAAGGCGGAGGGGGGUACGUGUCCGGCGGCAGCGCUUCUUCCGUUUUACCAGAGGAAGGAAGUGGUGAAGACGUUUGUGAUCGUCACGGACGAGGAAGAAGUGGAACGGGAACCAGCUACCAACAUGCAUUUUGCGGAGAUGUUCAAACAAUACCACGAUGAAGUAUAUCCAGCUAGACUUCUCUUCGUUUCAUUUCUGUCAAAGAACUGUGGAAGUAAAAUGGUGGAACCUCUUCAAAAUCUGGGAAUCACUCCUAUACAGUUUAAAUUUGACGGAUAUAGACCUGACUUAACGAAGCUGGACAAUCUAUUUGCACAGCAAUCAACAAACAGUACUAGUUUUAAGGAAGAUGUUGAUAAGUUUGAAAAAACAAUAGAAUCCAAAGGAAUAGCUCGUGUAUUUCAGGACACAGAAUUAGGACCAGUUCUGCCAUAAAUAAAGAUUGAAUUAACAAAACUUCAUCAAAGGCAAAACAGAUGAGAAAGAGAAUUUGGCAAACAAUCUUUAUGUAACGAAUUUAUAUUGCUUGAAUAGUCAUGAAUCUUUUUUGAAUAGUUGAUACAGAAGAUUUCAGUUUAUACUUUUAGUGAGUAAUAUAAACUGUUCUUUAUGGUUCGGUGAAACCACGGAUUACUAUUUAAUUACUACUGUAACAGUACUGUACUGAGUAUGAUUCACUGAUCUUAAGAGGUGACGUACUUGUUUGCACUGAAGACUCCGUACCUCGCCAAUAUCACAUGCAAAAACGGGUCCACUGGUUGGAACAGGAGCUUCUAAUGAUAAAAAAUCUACAUGUAUCUUCACGUGUAUAGUGUCGGU